AUGUUAGAAAUACAAGAUUUCCGAGACUUUUCCAUAAAAAACUGGUAUGAUAAUUUCAAAAACGUCACAUUACAAACAAUAAUACUGGAACUACCGGACCAAUUACUGAAAAGAAUUCAAUCCGACCAAAUAGAAGAUUCAGAUGACGAGAAUGAAACUAAUGAUGAAGUGCCCCUAGAAUUUAUACAAGAAUUUAAAAAUGCCCUCAACACAUUGGGUAAUAAUGCUUUUGUUAAAAACAACUGGCACGCGCCUGUAGACGCAAGAAUGUUUAGUUUUGGACACUUACUAAAAGUUGUUACUUUGGAAGAUGUAAUAACCUACUUUUCAAGUUCUGGCAAGAUCCAAGAUGAUUUCUCUAAUUCUAAAGGUGUUACAUUUUGUUUGGCAUUAAGAAAAUGGAUAAGUAUUCAUCCUGCAGCAGAGUUUAGAUGUAUAGUGAUAAAUAACACUCUGAGGGGUAUUACCCCUAGGGACUGGCCUACUUUUUAUGCACAUUUCAAAGAAGAAGGACCACAUAUUAUUGAGGAAUUAACGAAGUUUUAUAAUGAUAAUAUUAAAAUUAAGUUUUAUAGGAAAAACUAUAUUUUUGAUGUGGUUUUUCAGUAUCCAGAAAAUCCCUAUAUUAUUGACUUUGAAAGUUUGAAUUCAAAAACCAAUUUGUAUGCAUUUUCUUGGAAGGAAAUUCAGCCUCUUAUAAGUAAGGAAACUCCUGAAAACAUUGCACCUGUUUUCAGAUAUUUAGAAAAUGAUGUUGGCAUAAUGACUAGAGCAGAUGCAUUGAGUACAUUUGCAAAAUCUCAUUCCUAA